CUUGUGCAAAGAAUGGCGGUUGCAUUCCAUUUCCGUUUGAGUCUUCGAAGAUGGCGAGUCAGUAAAGCCACGUGAAGAAUUUAGAAUUUAAACAAACAAAAAAAUGAAGCGGAAAAGUUUAGAUCCGGUAGUUCCUCAACAAAAACGAAGACGAAAAGAUGACGCCAAAACGCAGGAGAAAUCAUCAGAGUCUGAUCCGGAAGAAAUAAACUUGUCGAAGAAACAAAUUUUGAAAUGCAUUUCUGCGAUUUUUCAUCUGACUCAGGAACAGUUAAAAGACAAGAAUAUUUUAAUUGAAGAGGCCCAACCUAUAUUCUUACAAGUAACUUGUGUGCGAGUCCCAAAAGUACCGCUCAGACAAUUGAGAAUAUUAUUGCCAUAUUCAUUAGUAACGCCAACUGACGAAGUCGCACUGUUUGUAUGCGACUUGCAGAAAGGAAAGAGAAAAGACUAUGAACCGACAGUGGAACAUUACAGAGACUUGCUGGAUAAGCACGGAUGUACUCGUAUCAAUGAGAUAAUACCUAUGAAUAGAGUGAAGACCGAAUUCGAUCAAUUCGAAUUGAAGAAAAAGCUCUUAGGUAGUUACGAUUACUUUCUGGUCGACGGUCGCAUCGCCGGUCACUUAACUCACUUGUUAGGAAAGUGUUUUGUCAAAAAACGAAAAUUGCCCACUUCUAUCAAGAUGCAGAGCAAGGAUUUGAAACACGAGAUCGAUUACGCAUUGAGGAAAACAACCAUGCGUCUUCACUCUCACGGUGACACUCAUGUAGUUCAGAUAGGAAACACCUUGAUGAAAAAGAAAAGAAUACUAAAAAAUGUAAUAGCCGCUUGUGAAAGUUUAUCCAAGAAUUAUCCCGGUGGUUGGGCAAACAUACAAGCUCUCCGAUUGAAAAGCCCAACCAGUUUAGCAUUACCCUUUUACAUAACACUGAAGAGCAAAAACACAGUCAAACCACAAACAACUGUGGUGCAACCUAAGAGACCGAAAGCUUACCGCGACGUGGAAGGAGAGCUGUCCACAUUUAUAACCGACACCAAGGUCAUAGUCAAACCUGAGGGAGACGUCAUCGUCGUAAAAAAACGCAAGAAAAAAUCGACAAAGGAUAACAGCGAGGACGAAGACAGAGAUUAAAAGUCAAGAAUUGAAGAAAAUUCUUCUGUUGCUUUAUUUAAAGUCUAGUAAAAAAACAAAACGAAAAAACAUUUGCGCUUCUCUUUCUACAUUUGUAACAUAUAUACAAUCUAUACGUUUAAUAUCAAGUUAAUAAUAUGUUCUGUUAUAUCUUA